UCGCAAAAACCACAAAACCUAUGACAGUGUGAAUGUUAACGGAAAUAACAAAAAUGGCCGGAGACAAACAGAACGUGCUGUCAAUCUCUAUGCUGGAUAUUGGUGCGCUAGCCCAAUUAAAGCAGCACAUAGAACAGGAAUUGGACCUUUUCAGCACGUCAUUGCAGCAGUUGAAGGGUGUGCAAGCAAAAUUCCAGGAGUCCGAGAGCUCACUGGAAAAGCUGAGGCCGUCGAAUGAAGGAAAAGAAAUACUUGUUCCGUUGACAAGCUCCAUGUAUGUUCCAGGCAAGCUUGCGGAUGUGAACAAGGUAACGGUCGACAUCGGGACUGGUUAUUACGUUGAAAAGGACAUCUCUGCGUCGAAAGACUACUUCAAGAGGAGGGUGAAGUAUGUCACUGAGCAAAUGGAGAAGAUACAGAAGGUUGCCCAAGAGAAAGUGGCACUGAGGGAAGCAAUAGUUGAAACAAUGGACAAGAAACUUCAAGCAACAUUUGUAGCCCAGCAAGCAGCUGCAGCAUCCAAGAGCUGAAUGAAUCAUCUUGAAGUUGACGUAUGCCAUGUUUAACUUAUGCAGCAUGUAAUCUACAAGAAACUGGUCUCAUAAAAAAAUUUUCUUUUACAUGUGCAAC